AUGGCGUUCACCGGCUCCGAGGUCCGCGCCGCGCUCGCCGGGCUUCCCGAGUCUGCGUUCGGGGUCGACUCGCUCGAGAAGCGUGCGGCCUGGGUCGACUACGUGAUGUCUGUGGACGAGGAGCCGAAGAACAAACACGAUUUGUUCUUCUACGCCAGCACGGCCCGCGUGCUCGCCGACGUGGCGGGGUCGGUGGAGCCGGCAGACAUCUGCGACGCCCAUAUGCGCCAAUUCAUCAUCUCGGGGAUGGCGGUUAACACGAAACCCUUCCCCGACGAGAGCGAGGGCGUUCAGUGGAAGGCCUUCGUGGUCAAGCCGGCUCACGUCAACUUGGCGUUAAGGGUCCAAUCAAAGGCCCAGCAGUCAUCGGCCGCGAGCGCGCCGGGCCCGAGUAGCCAGGCAGACCAGACGGCGCAGGCCAUCGCCAAGUGGGCGGAGGUCCAGAACGCAAAGGCCGAGAAGGAGGCCAAGCGCGGCACCUCGAGCUUCAACCUGGAGGCCAGGGUGACGGAGGUUGGGUUGCAGUGCAUCCAGAAACUGUCGCCGGAGUUGCUCCCUACCGAGGAGUCUCUGUUGCGAAUGGAGAACCUUGCCUCCGCCAAGGUCGCAAGAGACAAGAGCCGCAAGUGGGUCGGGUCCUCCGAGGGCGAGGAUCUGAUCGUCAACUUCCGGCCCGGCUUCUCCAAGACACCCAAGCUGGACUUGCCCCUCGGGUCUGGCUCACUGGACGACAAAGCGCGGGAUGCCCGGGAGGCAAAGCGCGCCCGCACUGCAGAGGAGCGCACUGGCUUCCUGGGCUUCGCCAACUUCAUGGGCCACCUGCACGACUGGGGCCUCAAGAUGGUGCUGUCCAAGGUGAUCACCCCGGUGCAGUUCUGGGCCUACGAGCUCCAGCUGGUCAAAAUGUCAGAGGAGCAGGGUGGCGGCCGCGUCGUGUUCUACUACGACAUGCUCCUGCGGCAGAAGCUCGCCCACGCGCUGGAGCUUGGCCAGAACGACCAGAUCGAGGCGCUCCUCUGCAAGCUCGACAGGGAUGUGUUGCAGGACGCCAAGCACCAGGUGUCGAAGCGCGCCGAGGAGGCCAGCCGGGUGACCGGGAAGCAGCCCGCCGCUGCUGGCGGCAACGCCGGGGCGCCCAAGGGUGACCAGAAGGGCGGCAAAGGCGGCGGCGCCAAGACCUCGCCGGCCCCGGCGUCGCCCUUGCUGCGGCGCCCCAGGAGCCCGGCGGCGAGCAGGAAGCCGAAAGGCAAGGGCGCCGGGGGCAAGGGGCCCGAGCAGAAGUGGGAGCAGAAUUGGGGCAAGAAGCAGGCCUGGAAGCAGCCCGAGCAGAAGUGGUCGAACUGGUGA